UUGCAUUUUUUGUAACAGAUCUGGGUAACUGCACGCUGAUGGUCUUUGGACACUUUUUGAUGACGAGCUCAGAUGACCUAGUGGGUAACGGCAGCUCUCGUCAUGUUCUAACCGGUUGGUCGGUGUUCUCUCUACUACUCACGUCCUGUCUAUCCUCUGGCAUAGUCUCCAGGCUGACUCUCACUCUCUACUCUCCCAGAGUGGACACUAUACAGCAGCUGGUGGAGCAGGACUACUACUGGACUGCUCCACGUUACCACAAAUAUAACCGGAAACAAAUUAAAAAUUGGGCAUUCAACGCUGAGAACCAGUGGAACGUUCUUUUUGAGAAGAAAUAUACACACUUGAAAGCUGACGAAUUGCAAAUGAGAGCAAGGAUUGACACAAAAUUGUGCCUCCCCGCCAUAAUCUGUGGAGAUCUUCCAGUCAUCAAUCCAGAUAUAAUAAAUGCAGUUGAUCUUCGCAACUUCAGGCUAAUGAAAGAAUCUCUUUUGGGAGCUCACGUGUCUUUUACCGUAAGGAAAUUCUCACCCUUGCUGGAAAUAAUAACUAAAUGUGCUCUCAGGCAAAUCGAGACAGGUUUGACAAAAUAUUGGAAAGACGCAGUCUUACGCAGAUGGCCGAUCUAUGACAACAGAUACCUCAUGAACGAAGACAAUGAGCCUUCCUUCAGUGAGCCUCGAGCCCUGCAACUAACCAAGCUCCAGCCAGUCUUCUACAUGUUGCUGCUGGGCUUAGCCAUUUCAUCCAUCGUGUUUCUUCUAGAAUAUCUGUUCUGAGUGCCAUCUCUGCUGAAUUAUACUAUUCAUUUUAGCAGCAUUUGAGUUUAAAAGAAUGAAUUUUGCACUAUCUAAAAGAAAAUUAAAUAAUAAUAGAAACUUAUAUUUUACAAGUCUAACAGUCUAUAUGUUGAAACAUUUUUAAAUGAUAGGAAGAAAGUAAAGUAAAUAUUGAUAAAAAUCACAACUGAAAAUUAUAUUAAAUACAUUCAGAAUGUAACAGAACCAAAUUAGUCCUAAAAAGUUUACAUUUUCAUGUGGUUCUUUAACGAAAAUCAGUGAAACAAAGAUUGCAAAAGUUAUGUUAUUGCAAUCUUCUUCUUAUUGCAAUCUUGUUAUGUCUGAGAAGUUAAAAUAGUUUCAUUUUGAUGAAUAACUACUAAUGUUACUUUAGAAUCACUAUUUCUCUAUAAAUGUGUGUUUUCAAGA